UCAUCAUCGUCAUCAUCAUCAUCAUCACUAUCCUCCAGCUAAGCGAGCGAGCGAGCGACAACGACGCUCUCUCUCUACACUCACGCUCUCGCUUUGAUUGAACCAAACAGCUGAGACGGGCGACAGCCGUCGCACACACACCACAACACAGACAAUGUCCGCGGAUUCGCCGCGCCGCCAUCACAGCCAUCACCUACAUCAUCAUGCUGCAGGCGGCGGCGGAGGUGGAGGCGGCGGCAGCGGCAACAUUGGACUGCGAGGAGGCAUGUCCAUGCCGGCCGUGGUGCCGCCACAAACAGUCAGCGAUCGCUCGAUCCUGGACUCGGCCAUUGGGUUCAUUAACGAUGUCACCUUGGUCCAUCAGCCGGUGCAGGAUCCCAAGGACACAAUCACCUGGGCCCGCUUCGAGACGAGCGCUGAUGUGAGCGAUCCUCGCUUCGGCGACGACUGGGAGCUGGAGGGCAAUGCAGCACCACCGCUCCUACUCAUUCUCGGCUACGGCCUGGGCGUCCAGGUGUGGGCCAUACCUGCCAACGGUGAGGCCGUGGAGGUGUUAUCCUGGCGCCAUGGCGUCGUCACCGCCCUGCGCGUGCUGCCCACACCGCUGACAGCUGCCACCGGUCUGGAUGACAACGGGCGGGCCGACGAGCCCGUGGAUGCAUUUGCCGACAAGCGACCCUUGCUGGCCUUCGUCGAUGGCGGCAGCGCUGCUGCCAACACUAUGCUAUCUGGUGGCCAAUUCUCGGGCGGAGCUGGUGGCAGUGGCUCCUCGGGAAUGUCGGGCGGCGGCAUGGGCAAUCCCUCGCACGCCGGCGCCUCCCACUUCAGUGCCGUCAACUUUGUCUCCCUGAAAACGGGCGUCCAGGUGAAGACCAUCAAAUUCAAGAAUCCCGUGCUGGACAUUCAGGCCAAUCGCUCAGCGGUCGUCAUAAGCUUCCACGAGCGUCUGGCGGUGUUCGAUGCGCGCACUCUGGAGGAUCGCCUCACUAUAACCACCUGCUUUCCCAGUCCGGGUAUCAAUCCCAAUCCCAUUGCGCUCGGUCCACGCUGGCUAGCGUAUGCGGAGCACAAGUUGCUCCACUCCAAGCGCAGCGGCGGCGGCUGCGAUGGCGAGGGCGUCCCCAGCUAUACGGCGACGGUGCUGAAUGCGGCCAAGUCCUUUGGCAAGGGGCUGCGGGAGCUGGGCGAACAGGUGGCCGCCGGCUUGACCGGCACCAGUGCCGGCAGUGGCAACAGCUCCAAGAGCAGCAGCUUCGACUCGGCCAGCGGCGGCGCCGAUGGCAAGCAGUCGGGCGUGGUGACCAUUAUCGAUGUGAAGCAUCCCAUCAAGGACUACAGCCCGACGACGGGCACGCCGCUCGGCUCGAUGAGCGAUCCAAUUAUUGCCCACUUUGUGGCGCACAGCGAGGCGCUGGUUGCCAUGGAAUUCGAUAGCUCUGGCAUGCUGUUGCUAACAGCGGAUCGUCGAGGUCACGAUUUCCAUGUCUUUCGCAUCCAGCCCCAUCCGGUGGGCUCCAGUCUGGCGGCAGUGCAUCAUCUGUAUGUGCUGCAUCGCGGCGACACGAGCGCCAAGGUGCAGCAUAUUGCCUUCUCGCUGGACUCCCGCUGGGCGGCCGUCUCCACGCUGCGCGGCACCACCCAUGUCUUCCCCAUAACGCCAUACGGCGGCGCCAUGGGCGUACGCACCCACACCUCGUUGCAUGUGGUCAACAAGCUGUCGCGUUUCCAUCGCAGCGCCGGCCUGGGCGCCGACGGGCGCUCCAGCUCGCCCAUCUCCCACUCGGAGAGCACCACGUUUGUGCAGUCGCUGCAGCCGUAUCACAAUCCCACAUUGCCGCCCUUUCCACGACCCACGGUGGUUCAGCCGCUGGCGCAGCUGCGUCAGCCAUUUGUGCUCGGCUCGCCGCCAGGCAGCGCGACCAUGGGCGGCGGUUCGGGCAUGGGUGGCGGCGGCUUGGGCGGCGGUGGCGGCGGCUCUGGCAUCGGCGGCAGCAGUGGCGGCGGCGUCAGCUCCCAUCAGCGUCAACGCCUGUCCUCGCUGUCGGAUGACUGCGGCAAGCCGCUGAGCGUCUGUGCCACCUUUGCCAAGUCGCGCUCCUGGCUGCUGGAGCCGCCAACGGCGACGCGCGAGGCACCGCAUCGAGUCCAGCGCAAGGCCGUCGAUUCGCUAUUCGUGAUGGCCGGCCACGGAGCGCUCAUACAGUACGAUCUGGACACGAAGUUAGCCUCAAAUGUUGCCAAAGAGAAGAUAUGUGAUGAUACGCCCAUUGAGCUGGAGGUGGAGGCCAAGGCGCAGUGGAAUCUGGGCCGACGCAAGGAUGGAUCUCAUGAAAUUAUACCACCGCUAGCGCUGGACAAUUGGCUGAUCAAGGAUCGCCAUGCCAGCCUCCUCAUGGACAGCGCCCAUCAUUUCGAUGAGGCCGACGAGCGGCCCGAGAGCUGGUUGGCUCAAGUCGAAAUUAUCACCCAUGCGGGGCCCCAUCGCCGGCUCUGGAUGGGGCCGCAGUUCGUAUUCAAGAACUACAAUACGCCCAGCGGCUCCAAUUUGAAUCACGUGGAUGCGGAGGCUGUGGAAAUAGGCGUUACCAAGACGACAACCACAACGCUGCCCUCGACAUCAGCGGGCUGUGGUGCGUCGGGCGGUGGUGCCAUCAUUGCCGCCGUCGAGCGUUCCAGUCCAUUGAAUAUGCCGCUAAACGUUGCUGGCGGUGCGAUGGGCGGAGCCAGUGUGGGCAGCACCGCACGUGCCGGAGUGCCGGUGCUCAUUGAGUCCGGUUCAUACAGCAGCAUUGAGCAGAGCCCCAAGCUGAUGGAUCGCUUUCGACAUGGACACUUGGACUCCGACUAUGGACACGGCGAUAUGCGUCUGAAGGAGGAUCUGGCCGAUGCCAUGCGCGAGUCGCCCUCAACGAUGGCAGCGCGUCGCGAUACCGAUGUUGCAGCUCUCGAGUCAGCAACUGUUGCAGCCGCAAGUGCCGCAGCAACAACUGCAGCAGCAGCAGCAGCAGCCGCAGCAGCAGCAGCAGCAGCAGCAGCAGCGGCAGCGGCAGCGCCGCCGCGCAUUGAGAAAAUCGUGAAUCCCUUGGGCACCGUCACGGACGUCCAUGCGGGCAUCAGCGGUGAGCUGCAGACAGACAUGCUGGACGAGGUGGUGGGUCAGCUGGCGGCGGAGGAUUGCGUCAUCCAUGAGAAUUGCGACGAGGCGCUCUUUCGGCCCGUCGUGGCCAUCUUCUGUGACGAGCUGGCCGAGCAGCGGCGGCACGAGGAGCAGCUGCAGCGCGAGCAGCGGGAGCUGAAGACGGCAGGACGGGCCGGUGGGCCGGGCGUCAUGGGCGAGGGACAGCCGCCGGUGGUGCUGGCCAAUAAGCUGAUUGUGCCGGUGAUAGCCAAGGAAAUGGACGAGGUUAUCACGCAGAAGGAGAAGAAGCAGAAAUCGCUAAAAUCUCAGGCGGCGGCCGAGGAUGCGGCGCAGGCGCAGCGAUUCGCUGAGCUCUCCCAUCUCAAUAAGCCAGCCAAGGGCAACAACAACAACAGCAACAACAGCAAUAAUAAUAACAAAACGACAACUGCCAAAGCAACUGCAACUGCGACUACAGCAGCAGCAGCAACAACAACAACAACAACAACUGCCAUCAGCGAGGAUGAGCAGCAGCUCGAGGACGAGCUGCAGACAUCGAUAAGCUCGACGCUGUCCCUAAAAACAAAUCAACCAAGCAACAAAAAGUCCAAAGCGGCCAAGCACAAGGCUAACAGAGCAGCAGCACAACAACAGCAACAACAACAACAACAACAACAGAGCAACAAGAAAGACAAAAAGCAGGCCGAGCAGGAGACAGAGCGUAGACAGCUGGAGAAGGAGCAGGAGGCAAGGGAGGCAAGGGAGGCAAAGGAGGCGCAGGAGGCGGAGCUAAAGAGACAAGCGCAGCAGGAGCUAAAGGCAAAGCAAGAGCCGGAACAGAAAGAGGAACAGGAGCAGGAGAAGGAGGAACAGUUGCAGCAGCAACAACACCAAAAGGACACAGAGCAAGCUGAACAGGAAUUGGACUAUGCCGAUGGGCUGCUGGCCAAGCGUGCCUCAAUAGCCGCCGUAAUGGUAAGCAGUGCCAGUGCACAAGGACUCAAUCUGCAUGUGGAAACAGAGCAGAAGGCGGAGGAGCAAGAGGAGCAGGAAGAGGCCGAAGUAGAGACAAAGCCCGCCAAGCCGGAGCUAACGAAGCAGGCCAAGAGCAAAGCUGGCAGGAGCAAGGAUAAGGACAUGGACAAGGACAAGGAGAACGUUAGCUAUCAGGUGAAGGUGCUGGAGCUGAUGCCGGCGGAGUCAGGCAGCGCCUGGAGAACUCUCGAAAAACAACAACAGACACAAGAAACACAAACAACAACAACAACAACACAAACGGCAACGACAACAGCAACGGCCAGCGAUGCAGAUUUUCCGAGCCUCAGCGGGAAGCGGCAGACGGAGAAACUGCUGCCAGGACUGCUGACGCCGCUGCAGGAGCCGCCGAGUCGUUUCGAUGACUUUUUGCUGAGCGCGCUGCAGCCGCUGGAGGCGCUGCCGCCGCUGCCGGCACUGGAGCCGUUGCAAGGGCUCGGAGACGACGAGCCGGAGGUGGAGGAGGAGGCGAAUGAGGAUGAGGCAACUGCAGCCAAAGCAGCAGGAGCUGGAGCUGGAGCUGGAGCUGAGCGUAGUCUCAUCAACUUUGAGAGUCCGCUGCAGGAGAGCGCUGGAGCAGUGCCGCGUAAAAUAACACCGCCGCCACGUGGCUUCACCGAGCAGAAUCUGAUCCUGGCGCUCUGCGGCUCGCUGCACUACGAGAAUGAGUACGCGGAGCUGCAGCUGCUGGCGGGCAAGGAGCAGCUGGCGAGUGCAGCGAUGCACAAGUCCGUCUGCAGCACGAACAGCUCGUCGGGGUCCGAGGAGCUGCUGCUCAUGGAGGAGCCCAAGAAGCUGAGCAAGAAGCACAAGCGCGCCAAGCAGCAGCAAAAGGAGCAGCUGCAGCUGCAGCAAUCGGCCGUGGCAGCGGACGAUGAGGAGCUGCGUCCAUUGAUUAGCAUCAGCAUGUGUGAAUCCCAGCAUCAGCAUCAGCAGCAGUUGCUCAGUGCCGAGGCUGAUGCUGAAGACGAUGACAAUGAUAAUGAUGACGAUGACAAUGACAAUGACAAUGACAAUGACAAUGACAAUGACAAUGAUGAUGUGGAUGAGGACGAUGAUGAUGAUGAUGACGAUGUUGGUGCUGGUGCCACACUGCCAGAAGAUCUGCUGCACUUUGGCAGCAGCGCAACGGCACCCCACUCGGGCACCACCACGGACAGCGAGGGUCCUGUGCCGACGACCACGUCGGACGACAACAUCCUCUAUGCCAGCAGCUUGACCGCAUCCUCGUCGCAUGCCAAGCUGAAGACCAAGAAGCUGGAGCAUAAAAUCAAUUUGAUUGCCGCCAUCGAGGCGGCCACAUCGUCGUCCACCUCAUCGGCGGAGGAGAGCAGCGCCGAGACGGCAGCAACGGCGACGGCAACAACAACGGCAGCAGCGGCAGCAACAGUUGCCACAACUGCGGCAGCAGCAACAACAGCUGCAGUUUUGGCUCAUGAAUAA